AUGCGGUUUCUCCAGGCGUCGUUGGUAUGUCUCGCAGCCGGUGCUGUUCGAAGCUCUGUUAUAGAACGGCAGAGUAAUGGAGGGUUCGAGGAUGGCCAACCGAUUGAUGAUACUGGCAAAGGCGCCCCCUUCUCAGGCGGCACCAACCACGUCCUUGAUCUCCAAAACCCAGACAACUUGGGCCAGCAAAGCACAGACAAUGGCGUCGUCCCGAACCUCAAAUGGAGCUUUUCGGACUCCAAGACGAGGAUUCUUAGGGGAGGUUGGGUCCGCGAACAGGUUGUCACCGACUUGCCUACUAGCCGAGAUAUCGCGUCAGCCCAGCAGCACUUGACAAAGGGGUCGAUCCGGGAAUUGCACUGGCAUCGAGUUGCCGAAUGGGGUUACUUGUAUGCCGGGUCCAUCCUCGUCUCAGGCGUCGACCAAAACGGCCAGUAUCAAGUUGCAAGGCUCGAGGAGGGAGAUGCCUGGUACUUUCCCAAAGGCGUAGCCCACACCGUGCAGGGGCUCGAUGACCAGAAUGAAUUUCUCCUGAUAUUUGACGAUGGCGACUUCGACGCUGUGGGAACGACCUUCAACGUAGAUGACUGGAUUACACACACUCCCAAGUCGAUUCUGGCCAAGAACUUCGGACUGCCGGAGUCUGUUUUUGGUUCGGUGCCGUCGCCGAACCCGUACAUCACGAACGGGACUAUCGACAACCACAACGUGACGGGUGGCAACGGUGAACUCACCGGCAAUGCGUCUUUCGCCUACUACGCCAAGGAUCAUCCGCUCGAGAAAGUCCCGGGCGGAGGCGGAACCCUGCGUAUUGUCGAUUCCAAAACUUUCCCCAUUGCGACAACGAUAGCGGCGACUAUUGUCACUCUAGAGCCUGGGGCACUACGAGAGCUGCACUGGCAUCCGAACGCCCAAGAAUGGCUAUAUUUCCACAAGGGCCAAGGACGCGCGACCGUGUUCAUAGGAAAUGCAGCAUCUCGCACGUUCGAUUUCAGGGCUGGAGACACCGGGGUGUUUCCUGACAAUAGCGGCCAUUACAUCGAAAACACCUCCGAUACGGAUGACCUAGUGUGGGUUGAGAUAUACAAGAGCGACCGGGUCGAGGACAUCUCCCUGACGCAGUGGCUCGCGCUGACGCCAGCGGGGAUCGUGGCAACCACCUUGAAGAUUCCCGUGGACGUGGCCGAGAACCUGCAGAAAGAGAAGCAGCUUCUCAUCAAGAACAGGUGA